AUGCUGCAUACAAGUUCAUCGGCAGCCUCCAGCCUGCAGAGAAUAUAUGAGGAUGGCUACCUGAAAUGCUCGACGGCUGUUUACUACGAAGGACAGGGCAAUGAGGAAGAGGCUAUGCGAUGCUGGAGAUCGGCUGUGGAACAAAUACGUCACCAGUGCUCCGAAACUGCGGCCCCAGACUUUGCAGCUCUUUCAGAAUCCGAAAAGUCGCUGGUCAACAGUCUGCAGGAGCUGGAAUACCAAGCACAGGAGCGUGUCGAUCUCCUUGAGGCCUUGAGGCUGUCUCGUCGGGAUUCCUCCAUUCACCGGAACGGUUCUCCAACGGGAGCGGGAAGCACUUCUGGCACCGGCAUGGGGACAGACCUUGCAGCUGGAGCUGGUUGGAUAGGCGGCGGAACGAUACCGGCCGUGAAGUACGGAGAACUAUCGCGUCCUCUUCCAGCUGUUCCUCCACCAGCUCCUUCAUCAGCUCCACCACCAAUUCCUCCACGGCGGCCGGUUUCAAACUCACAGGCUGCGCCAUCCAAAGAGCCUGCACCAUCCCUUCCCGAGCACGGCAUCCGCAAAAGUAACAGUGGCACCGCAAACGGCCUGCGCUACGACCCGAGGUCGCCUUCUCGUGAGAAGCAGCACACACUGAGGCCGACCUUACGGACGGGAAAUUCGGGCGAGGCUCGUCGCAAGAGCCAUCGCUCUUCCAACUCAAAGCCAUCGUCGGAUCGGAAGUCAACUUCUGAGCGGAUGGGUGCAAGCAAGGCCGCAACCUUGGCAUGGAGUGCACUAGGAUUCUCAUCCGGAAGGACGGAAAGCCCGCGAACUCCUACCAGCACCGAACCACCUUCCUUGCCAAAGCUGCGGGAUGACUCGCCAAGCUCCAGCACAGUUCCGAUGCAAUGGGACAGCAACUCUAGACGUCUCGUUCCGCAACGACCUGCGGCUGAUUCAAUUCCUGUAUCAGCAAGCAGGGCCAGCUUAGAUUCGGCCAUUGCAGCAGCCAUUGAUGGCCGCGGUUCGGGAGAAUAUGCGGCUCCAUAUCAGCCCUCAUCAUUGUCCCUGAAUGCUGCCGCAAGCGCUCUCAGUCGCUCCUUGCAGUCUGCUGCAGACUCGCCUCGCUCAAAACGCUCGUCGUCCAACCAACGGCCAUCAGUGGCUGCCAGUAACUUACCGUCUAGCAUCGAAAGAGGAGGCUCGGCCUCGAAUUUGGAUUACGCAAAACCGAAGUCGACGAGCCAUCGGUUUGCGGGUGGGAGUAACACCCCAACCAGUCGAGUUGAAUUGAGGCGAAAUGCUCACUCUAGCACAUCAGUUACCCAUAUUGUCGCAUCGCCGUUGUCGGCAUCCGAAAGAAACACGGCGUCUGGAGCACAUGCUAUCCUGCGGAAGCGCAUAGCACGAGGAAAGGAGAAUGCGGGCUCUAGGAUCGACCCGCAGACGAAUGCGACGAACCAAGUUUCUCACCUACUGGCCGACGUGCAGCUAGAGCCCUCAUCCAGCGAUGAUUCUGACAAAUUAGAUGGGAGCCAAACACCUGACAAAGACGUGGAAGGAGAAGGCAGUAACCCGUGGAAGAAACGGAAACAGGCCAUCCUCAAGCACCUACCUCCCGGUGUUGACGACGAAGCUGCCAAGCAGAUUUUGAAUGAGAUAGUGGUGCAAGGGGACGUCGUCCACUGGAGCGACAUCGCCGGCUUGGAACCGGCAAAGAAGGCGCUACGCGAGGCUGUCGUAUACCCGUUCUUACGGCCCGAUUUGUUCAUGGGCCUCCGCGAGCCGGCCACAGGCAUGCUUCUCUUUGGACCGCCUGGAACAGGAAAGACCAUGCUGGCACGUGCUGUCGCAACUGAGUCCCGAUCGACAUUCUUCUCCAUCUCGGCGAGCAGCCUAACCAGCAAGUACCUCGGCGAGUCGGAGAAGCUUGUGCGUGCGUUGUUUGUACUGGCUAAGACACUGGCCCCGAGCAUCAUAUUCGUGGACGAGAUUGACAGCAUCCUCUCCCAACGAUCUGGGUCGGGCGAGCACGAGGCGACUCGACGCAUCAAGACGGAGUUCUUGAUCCAAUGGAGCGAUCUCCAGCGGGCUGCCGCCGGACGCGAGGACAAAGACGCGGCUCGCAACGGCGAUGCCAGCCGAGUUCUCGUUCUGGCCGCAACCAAUCUGCCGUGGGCAAUCGACGAAGCAGCCCGCAGACGGUUUGUGAGACGCCAGUACAUUCCGCUUCCCGAGGCGGAAACCAGGGCUGUGCAGCUGCAGACGCUGCUUGGGCAGCAAAAGCACAACCUGGGCGAUGACGACAUCCACAAGCUUGUCACACUGACAGACGGGUUCUCCGGCUCGGAUAUCACGGCAUUAGCGAAAGAUGCCGCCAUGGGUCCGCUGCGGUCGCUGGGCGAAGCUCUUCUCAUGAUGAAGAUGGAUGAGAUCCGGCCAAUGGAGCUGUCUGAUUUCAUUGCCAGCCUGCAGACCAUCCGGCCCAGUGUCAGUAGAUCCGGACUGAAGGAAUACGAAGACUGGGCUGGGGAGUUUGGGGAACGAGGAGGCUAG